CAUCAGGACGGUCAUUCAGAAUGCGCAGAGCCCUAUGUAUGGCGAAAUAGAUGGGGCUGUGAACCAUCAGAACCGUCGUUCUGAAAAUGAACGCUCAGAUCACAAUUGUAUUGGAACGACUCACGGGACCGUGUUCACGCAAGUCCCAAACCUUCUCUUUAUCUACUGCAUCCUCGAAUCCCAGACGAUAGCGGAUGGAAAUAUUAAGCCAAAGCAGCAGCAGCGGCGAACACAAAAGAAAAAGACCAAGUACAUCAUGAGGACUUCUACCCUUCUCUUCCUCCUGACUCCCCCACCACCACCCUCUCUCCCCUUCUUCGCAACCUCCACGCAGCGUCUCCUGUCCACAGUCCAGCUCCCACUUCUAGCCACCACCCGCUCCUCACCAUGGCCCAACCCCAAGCAUGCGGCAAUAACGAAAACGGCGAGAGGCCGAAGACCCCUUACAGCGACCUCGGCCGCCGACGACGACGACGUGGAGGCUGGCGCUGGCGACGACUACGACAUGGAGGAGGACGAGGUAGAGGAGCUCGACAACAAGAAGGACUACGAUGUCGAGUACGACCGCCUCCUAGGCUCCCCCAUCUCCGCACCCGCCACUGCCGCUGCCGCCGGCGCCGACUCAUCGCCGGAUGAUAUCGAGAUGGUCACCAGCGAGAGUUUCGUGUCCACCCAGGGUUGGGGUUCCGACACCGUUGUCGACUACCGCAUCAAUGAAGAGGAGUUCCACAAGAUCCGCCUCCUUCACUGUGACUUCUUCAUCCGGAAGCCUCCCGACCCCGAUCACAACGUCUAUGACUUUCGAGAGAUGUAUGUUACUCCUCCCGACACGGAUGUUUACUCGAUUCCGAAGGUCCUUGCGCCUAUGCCUCAGAAGUACAUCCGUUGCUCCAAAACUAAUUUUGGUUGCUACAACGUUAUGGAGCCACCGAUAGAUGCACCUCGAGAUCCAUUAUACAAAACUGAGCGGGAGAUCCUGAAGGUUUUCUUAACGAAACAUUAUAGAAACAGACGACUAGGUGAUGCAGAAUUUGUUCUCGACUUUGAAGAAAUUUAUGUCAUUGACUCAAAAACUAAAUCCAUUACAAGAGCUAAAGUCUUGGUUACUGUGACAGGAGGGAGAAACAGAGAUAGGAGGAAUGAUCUUUUGAUCAUACGUGAUGGUGGAAACCUAUUCAAAAUUAUUGAUAAGAGUGAAAGGGAUGAUCCAACCACUGUCAUAGAGAGAGAAGAGUGGGCAAAGACCAGACAAGAGAUGGAGCAUCACCUUCGGAAGCUUCGAGACUUCAGUGUUUCAAAUUGGUUCUAAGGUGUGGCACACACAAGGAAUCGAUCUCUGCCACCCGUUGCAAAGGCGAGGUCAAGCAUUGAUCAGCACUCUUGUAAGCUCAUCUUGCGUGCAAAUAAGUUGGGGAUUAAAAGAAAGGAAAACAUCUCAUGAGGCAGGUCAAGCUGGGUGAUGGCAAUGCCUCGUGAAGCCAACAAAAAAAUGUUUGCCAUCGUAGAACACACUUUCUUUUGCGCCUUCAAUUAUCAAAGACAUCAGUGAUUGUACAUUAUUUAUUUAUUUAUGUUCCUUUUGUCGGUUGCUUUAUUCUCGUUGCUUUUGUAUUGACUUGACUUGAUGAACAUUUUAGGCGAUGUAUGGUAAACAUUAUAAAGCUCUACUGAAAUGAGACAUGAUCAUGAUUAUUAAGGCGA